GUCCUCGGCAACGGCCGCGACUCUCCCAUUGGCUGCAGUCACGUUUUUUGAGCCCGAAAAGGCAAGUGAACGGACCUCGUCUCGACCACGUCUGUCACAGCACCGGGCAGAUCUCGUCCUGGCCCUGUCAGUCGCCACGCAACGUUUCUGCCCCCAACAGCCGCCCCCAUGAGACUCCAACCGCUUCUCUCUGCUCUUCUCGGUCUCGCCGCUACGAGCCACGCCGCGGAACUAAACGUAUACCACCGGGUGCUCUCGCGCGACGCGCCUGCGGGAGAAUUCACCCUCCGCGGGGUCGUCUCCACCUCCAGCAGCGCGGGCGGGCCCACGUACGCCUCGACCGGCUCGCCCGCUGACGCACUCACGACCCUGGCACGCGCGCUCCCCGCGUCUGCCUCCGACGUUGCGCUGUACCAGCUCGCCCUCGCCCCCGCGGGCGAGACGUCCCCCGAGCGCUGGCCCACGUCGUCCGUCAAAGCCUGCCAGCUCGCGUCGGCCACCUCCGAGAUGCUUGUCCUCCACACUGCGGAGGACGCGCGCGGGGACGCGACCCCCUUCGCGGUCGACUUUUUUGUGGCGCCUGGUGGGUCGUGCAAGCCGGAGACUGAACUUGUGAACGCCCUGGAGGCAUACGCAGCACGCGCGGACACGCUGAAUCGUACCGUGACCGUGCGUGGGCCUACCCUGCCCCCAGUGCCAGAACUGCGCGCGCCACCCCAGCUCAGCGCCGAGGGCGCCCCAGUACAGCCGCCUCCCGAGAAGUCGUUCAUCCAGAAGUACUGGAUGUACAUCGCGGCUGUUCUCGUCUCGAUACUCAUCAUGGGCGGCCCAGAAGAUAUGCCGGAAAAGGGCGAGGGCAGGAAACCCGCCGCCCCUUAGGUGGCCUGGGCAUAACAAACGUUCUGCGCCGCACGAGGAGUGCUCUACUCCGAGUAGGCAUCGAGUCAUUUGGGUUGUACGAACACUGGUUGGCUGCACAAAAUCACAGCGCUUGUGAGGACCCAAUGGCCCAUCUGAUAUUGCGAACUAGACAUUGUGGCCAUCCGGCCGAGAAGUUCAGAAGACCGUUGGAUGCACUCUCACUACUGAGUGCGCGCCUACUUCCCAAUACAGAAAUCAUUGAACACGCUGUCGAGGAUGUCCUCAACAUCUAUGUGACCCGAAAUUUUCCCAAUUGCCUGUGCGGCGUAGCGAAGCUCUUCUGCUCCCAUUAUCACAUCUUCGUCGGAGGACUCGAGGAAUGCCUGAACGAAUCGCGCGGCAGACUCCAGGUGCACGCGGUGGCGUGCG